UAAAAUGGCCGUGCGACGCAGUGUAUUGGAGACACUUAAUGACACGGAAUUAAUACAAAGAUACCGCCUUAACCGUGAGGGAAUACUGAUUGUUGUGGAUCUUGUGAGGGAUGCAAUAACAGCGCCAACUAUUCGCAACAACCCAAUCAGGGCCGAAUUGAAAUGUUUGACAACACUUCGCUACCUGGCAACGGGAAAAAUGCAAUUGUGUAAUGCCGACGAUCUAGCGAUAUCCCAGCCAUCGGUAAGCAGAUCCAUCCACCAAACCAUCAAUGCACUCUGUAGACCCAAUAUUAUUCGACAGUUCAUAAGUUUUCCUUUGGACAUUCGCCAACUCCAAAGAAACAAAGCCAGCUUUAUGGAUAUUGCCGGUGUGCCCGGAGUGGUCGGUGCUAUAGACGGGACCCAUAUUAAACUAAUUGCACCACGUCAGGAUGAGGACGUGUUUGUGAAUAGAAAGAAAACCCACUCCAUCAAUACCCAGAUUGUGUUCGAUGCAAACUUCACAAUUCUCGAUGUUGUUGCAAAGUGGCCCGGAUCCACUCAUGACUCGAGGAUAUUGAUGGAAUGUGGUCUGAGGCAACUGUUUGAGAGACAUCAUGUGCCAGCUGGAUGUCACUUGGUGGGGGACAGUGGCUAUCCCUGUAAGUCGUGGCUCCUUACACCUUACCUCCGUCCACAAGUGGGACCACAGUUAAAUUACAAUAGAGCACACAAGAAGACACGCAGCGUGGUGGAAAGGGGGAUUGGACAGCUAAAGCGACGUUUCCACGUUUUACAUAGUGAAAUCCGCCUUAGUCCAGAGAAGACGAGUAAAGUGAUCACUGUGUGUGCGCUUCUUCACAACCUGUGCCGGCAAAGGAACAUACCACAGACAGAAGAUGGUGAUGAGUUUGACGAUGAUGAUGAUGAUAAUGAUGAUGAACACAGAGAAUUUGUUGAUGAAGUGGAACAAUGUGGACUGGCAUUCAGGGAUCACUUUGUCUAUACACACUUUAGGGGUGAUGGCUUUGCACCAGCAGCAGGACUGAGGGGAGAGGCAGGUGAUGGGAUUGUGGAAGAGGAAGCUGGAAGAGGUGCAGUAAGAGGAAGAGGUGCAGUAAGAGGAAGAGGUGCUGGAAGAGGAGCAGUAAGAGGAAGAGGUGCUGGAAGAGGUGCAGUAAGAGGAAGAGGUGCUGGAAGAGGUGCAGUAAGAGGAAGAGGUGCUGGAAGAGGAAGAGGUGCAAGACGCGCAGGAAGAGGAAAAUUAGUUGCAUCUGAAGGACCUGGGUUUCCAUUUGGCCUGUAAAUUAUAGCCUGUUAAACCACUUAUAAUUUGUGAACAGUUUUUUGUGUGUGUGGGUGGUUUGCACAUAAUGAUAUUUUAUGUUCUUCAUUAAAUAUCACCAAAAAUGUAAGUAUUGCAAUCAUUUCAUAAACAUAGCCUACCCCUCUAUUUCCAUUAGCAGCUGCAUUGAGGGAUCAGUUGCACCCUCAAGGCCCAUUAUGCUGGUGUCUGACCCAAUGACACUAUACACCACCGAUGCAAUGUGGCUCAGUGGCUUAGGUGCUGAUCCUCCUCCUUAACACAUACAUGGAAAGUUUCACCAACUCAAAAGCAUUGCCUACAUAACACUUAAAAGCACACUUUAAUGUAAGCAUAUUGUUUAUGACAUUUGUUUCAUAAUUCAUUACAUUCAUGACAAGCAGGACGUUUUUAAAAUUACAUGAAACAAUAAUGAUAUUAUUUAUUUAAUACUAUAUGCCUACCUGUUGCCAUGUUUGCCCGUUUAAAGGCUGCAAUCUCAACCCUCGACUGUGAUUGUAGCGCAUACCACCGCCUCUCGCAGUCGUCCGUGGUCCGCGACACAAGCGGGAAUGCUGCAUUGAUCUGCAAACAAAUCCUCUCCCAUGUCUCACGCUUAGUUUUGCUUGAUAUUCCAGUGCCGAAUUUCCCUUUUAUUAUGUUUUUUUUUUCCAGCACCAACUGGGCAAGCAGCAGUAACUGAUCCUGCGUCCAGUUGGGCUUUCUUUUACGUUUUGGCGAGUUCAUAAUCCACCGUCAUUCAACUAUUACAUUACUUCAAUAGGAGCAACAUUUCAUUGCUUUAAGUAGUCUAUUAAGGCUAAUAGGAUGUCAAUUAACCAAGCAACAGUUAAUGCAAGUGUCGUUUUUCAUUAUUAGGCAAGUGGCGGUUUUCAUUAGGGUAUUAAGCUACCUUGAUUUAUUUUAAUUUAAUUCCCGACUUUUCUAUCUGUCUCUGCCUUUUUAGAAUUACACUUCACUGGGGCCUGCACAAACAUGUCAUUAUACAGUAUAUGCAAUUCGAUGAAAUUACUGUGUAGGACACAGACAUAUUUAGAUGUCGUGAUUCCAUGAUUUGGUGCGUCUGUGUUAUGUUCCGCAUGAUGGCCCUGUCAUCUAACAACCAAUCACCGUGAUCAUUGCGAGGAAGCUCGUGCCUGAGAAUUGACGUCAUCCAUAGCAACGAAGACUCACUCUUAGUUUAGGAGUUGUCAUUUUUCCUUAGUAAAAGUAGGUCUGAAAGGCGUUGUGAAUAACUUUUAAGAGAAAACUCCUAGCUAAAAUAUUUUAGUGCGAUUUAGGAGUACUCCUAGUGGUAAGAUAAAAUGCUUUGUGAAUACGGCCCCAGAUCAACAUUAUAUUUGAUCAGUCCAAUGUUUUUGCUCAAUUGUAAAGAUCCUGACUUUUCAUUGAAGGGCACUUCCGUGGCAGGCUUCAAAAUUCUGGUAUUUCGUCAUGAAACCGAAGUUGUUAUAAUUUAGGCAUACAAUGUCCUAUUUCACAUUUUUAAUAAGACCCCUUGCCCGAAGAUGUCAACAUGGUUAUAUAUUAACUUAUAGUCAUAGCGCCACCAGCUCGAAGAAGGAUCUGGCACAUUUAAAUAAAUGACAGUUUUCAUAUAAUUUACCUCCCUACAGUAUAUGCAGAUUGUCCACUUUUUACUGCUCCUAAAGCCAUCAGGUGUUGUGUCACUUGUGCAAGGGCUUGACCAUCGCUGCUUGCAGCUUUAUUUAUCAUUAGGGUCCGAGCACCAAGGUGUGGACCCCUAGUAUAUUUCUAGCAUUUAUUAUUAGGCCGUAAUGUUUUCUUAAACAUUAUUCUUUUUAUGGGUUUUCUUCCGCCCUAGCCUGACAACAUCUUUGUGGCAAUAUCGA